AAACCCAAUUUUAAAUUGAUAGCGAUCGAGAUGCCACCUCCGUUGCCGGAAACUGAUUCCCCGGCGCCAAAGAAGCAUAAACUAGGAGAUCAUGCCAAUAUCUCCGAUGAGGAGGAUGGUUAUACCAAUCCGAUAUUUAGGACUUGUACUGUCUACGAUUCGGAAGAAGAAAAUUAUUGCCCAGAUAUCCCCGGUGCCAAAAUGGAUAAACCUCUCUGGGAGAAAUACUGGAAACAGAUCAAGGAGAGCGAGGGAUUUGAUAUCACAGAUUGUCCUGGAGGGUGUUGGAUGACUACUAUCUGUCCCAUGCAAUACUACUUGAACUCUACUGAGAAUGUUGACCAGUUGAAGGGUUAUGCUGGAAAGGCACUUGAGCAUUACAACACUAUUAAUGGCACUAGUUAUGAGGUCGAGAACAUUUUGAAGGUGAAUGGAGAAGCUGUUGGUCGUUAUUUUGCUUACUAUCUUACCUUUUCUACCAAAAAUGGUGAGAAGAAUGAUACUUUUCAAGCAAAGGUGCUGGAAGAUUUAGAUGAUUCCAUACAGUGUCUUAUUGUCAGACCUAAGGUUGCUACCAUGGGGUAAAGGAUGUUAUUAGAAUUGUUAGACAUUUGUUGGUGUUUCUUGUAAUGUUUUCAGCAUUUUGAAAUUGGGAUAAGAUAACACAAUAUUUUCUCUACUUUGCCAAGCAUUAUAUCAUAUCACUUCAAUCGAUC